AUGGAGGAAGGAUCGCCAGGGGUUUUCCUUAAAACCUACCGUUCAAUGAAGCGAGUUCGGGUUGGAGAUGAGUGCGCCCAUGUGUGCAAUAUGGAUGAUCAGCCCAAUCCCUCUCUGAUGGAGCAUGUGAUGUCUGAAUCUGAACAUGGUCCUGUGCCGAAUUCAACUUUUGGAGCUGAAAGCUUUCGUGAUAAAUUGAUGAACAAGCAGAAAUGGAGUUUGAAAGGGGCAUGGAAGUUGAUAGAUUUGGUUAAUGAUUACUAUGUGGUGAAAUUUGAUCUUGAAGAGGAUCUAAACUUUGUUCUGACUAGUGGUCCUUGGAUCGUAGCGGGACAAUAUUUGAACAUUGAGUAUGAAGGUUUGCCUGAUAUUCGUUACCAUUGUGGAAGAUAUGGGCAUAAACGAGAAAAUUGUGAGUUGAGAGUUAAGGUGCCUGCAGAUGUGAACACAGAGAGUACAGUUGGUGAUGAUUCAGAUAAAAUGAAAACUGGUUCUGCUGGGGCUAGUGUGAAUGAUCCUUUGGCUGAUUCUAGUUUAAGAGGUCCAUGGAUGAAUGUUCAAUUUCGCAGGCGACCUAAGCCUGAUUUUAAAGCCUUUAGUGGUAAGGGUUUUGGUGCAAAGGUUAAGGGCUCAUGUUUUGAUGCGCUUAGGAACCUUAGUGACAAUUUUGGAAGAGAUGAGGCGGCUAGUGAUGUGUUUGUUGAGCAAGACAAGUCCAAUUUUAAUAGCUCAUUUCUUCCUGAUGUGGAGCAUGGCAAGAAAGUAUGGACUAAAACCAAGAAUGCUAAGCCCGUGUUUAGAAGUUCUUUGAAUGAUAUCUCCAAUAAGCCUUUUGAGGGGAAAGUCCUUGGUGAUAUGAGUUUCAGGAAAGGUGGUGGUCCUUCAAAAGUGUCUUCAAGAAAGGUAACUCGUAUUGGAAAUAUGGUUGUUCAGGGAAAGAAGUUUGAUUGUUCUAGCCCUGUUAAUGAUCAAAUCACUAGUUGGGUCACUGAUCAAAAGAGUCACCAUGAGAAAGGUGUCUACAUCUUUGGUCAUCAACCGCCUAAUAUAAGUGAGAAAGAUGCUAGUAAUGUGGGGAGCACUGAUUCUGAGGGUGAUAAGGAUAUGUUGAACUCUAAUGUUUCUGAUAGCUUGUGUCAAGCUGAUAAAAUGGAUCUUUUGGAAGGUCAAGCUAUUCUAUGUGGUGAGAACUUGGCAGGCAAUACCUUCAACGAUGGUGGAGGUGCUGCUAGCACAAAAUUCAAGACUAAUAUGAUGGAUUUGAUCCAUUCUCAUCAUAUGGACAUCUUGUUCAUAUGUGAGCCUCAUAUAAGCGGUGGUAAAGCUACUUCUAUUGCUCAAUCCCUAGGUUUUUCUAAUUUUGAAAUUUUGGAUGCUACUGGAUUUUCUGGUGGUCUUUGGUUGCUUUGGGAUGCCACUAAAGUUCAUGUUGAUAUUUUGGGGACUUCAGACCAAUCUAUUUCUGCUUCUGUGGCUUGGCCUGGCCAGUCUCCUUGGUUAUUUAUAGCUGUGUAUGCUAGCCCUUGUGGUAUUAAAAGAGCAAAGCUAUGGGAGUAUCUAAGUUUUAUCGCUGAUUGUCAACAUUUGCCUUGGUUAAUUGCUGGUGAUUUUAAUAAAAUGUUGAAUGUGAAUGAUAAGCUAGGAGGAGUUUCUGUUUGUAGAUUGAAAGCCUCCCUUGCCUUAAGGCCCUUUAGAUUUGAAGCGAUGUGGCUUCAUCACGCGAAGUUUAAUGAUUUUAUUUCUGAAGCUUGGGGUCCUGGUGAUGGUACAGCUGUGGAGAAGACUUUUGCCUUAAUUGAGCAUCUUAAACAUUGGAAUAUCAAUCAAGAAGAAAAAUCGAGAAUUAUUUGGCUACAAGAUGGUGAUAGAAACACCAAGUUCUUCCACACUACUACUAUCAUAAGAAGGAGAAGAAAUAAGAUUGAAAGGUUGAAGAAUGCUAAUGGUAUUUGGAUUGAGGAGGCUAACAGUUUAAAAAUCUUGGCUGUGGAUCAUUUUUCCAAUCUCUUUUCUACUACUUCUCUUGGUGACUAUGUGAUUGAUCUCCCUAACCUUUCCCGCCCUGUUGAUGUGGUUAAUCUGCAUGGUUUGGUUCAACCAAUUAAUAUGACUGAGGUUAAGACUAGUCUUUUUAAUAUUGGUGGGCUUAAAGCCCCUGGUGUAGAUAGGUUCCCUGCUUGCUUUUAUCAGAGUCAGUGGAAUUAA